ACAGGACAGGCCCAGAGUUAGCGGUCAGGGGGAGAGUGGACACUGUCCAGCUCACUCUCCUGUCCUUGUGUCCCCAGACUCUCACUCCCUGUGGUACUUCCUGACUCUCACAACCGGACCGAGCCAGUUCCCGGAGUUCAUGGUUGUAGGGAUGGUGGACGAUGUCCAGGUGGAAUACUACGACAGCGACAUCGGGAAGAUGAUCUCUCGACGACACUGGUGCCCGGACGCUGAGGUCAAGGAAGCAGACAACAAGGAGUUUGCAGUGAAGGAUUUUUACUUCGGCAUGAGAGACAAGCUGCAGGUCCUGAUGUCUCACCUGAACCACACAGGAGGACACCGGACCUACCAGGUGAUCGCUGGCUGUGAGCUGGACGAUGACGGUUCGGCCCGGUUCGGUCGCUGGGACGCCUACAAUGGCCAGGAUGCGAUGAACUACAACAUGAUGAGCUACGGCUACACCGUUCUCAUCCCAGGUGUAGUGAUGGACAAGGCACGGCUGCAAGUAACUAAAUUCAUGAUGGAUACAUUCUACCAGCCCCUGUGUGUGAGGGUCCUGAAGAGCUACCUGCAGCAGGAGAGGAGCAGACUGAUGAGGAGAGUCAAGCCCAGGGUCCGGGUCUUCCAGAAGACAUCCGCCCUCUCUGGGGGGACGGAGGUGACCUGCCUGGCCACCG